AUGCUGACACGGACUGGAUCUGACGACAUGGCACUCUUGACGGACUCCGAUACAUUACGGAAAGGACUUGUUGCGAGAUCGGACACUGACGACACGGCAUGUUUAACGGACUUGCGGAAGAGAUCUGAUGGAGGUGAGAAGCGAGCUAUGACUCCUUCUGCCCUACCUCCUCGCGUCUUAAGGGGUCGCUUCCUAAAAACGAAGGAAGGCUCUUCUAAGGGCCACUCUGGGGGGGACUCGGACACUGUCUCAAGGCCGGUCACCCCCACUCCCGGAUUUGGACCUAGAGACGACGACGGGUCGAUGUCGGAUGCCUCCAUGCAUUCAACAGUCUCGACGGUGACUGCGACGCCUAUGAAGAGGCCCAGCACCGUCCUGUAUGGAGAAUCGGACGCAGAGAACCCCGCGGGCGCUGUUGCUAAAAAGAAGCCGGCUGCUCGUAGGGGUAGGGGCGCACGUACCCCUUCGUCUGCGUCCGUGAGGCCCGCUGCCAAAACGGACUUGACAUCUGCUUCUGAGGAGGAGCCUUGCCCCGGCCCCUCUUACAGAAAUGCCUUGGUUGGGACGGCUAGGAGCUCCUCUACAAGCCCUAGGCCCACGAUAAACUCCCUGGACCGACAGGAACUCAGGUCCCUUGCCGAUCAGUGCGUUGUUCGACUUUUUAACGUCGCGAAAACGUCGAACAACCUCAAGGGGCCCUAUGUCAGGGACAUCAAGGAGGCCGCCCAAACUAUGAGCGACAUAGUUGAGAUGCUCGCUAAUCGGACGGCCUCGGAGGAGUUGCGGCGCUUGUGGGCAAACAAUGCUCGUCUCGAGAACGAGAACGAGCACCUGAGGACCGAACUCAGGGCCCUCAGGAGGGACUUCUCUGAAAGGAAGAAGUCCCCUGCCCGUGAGCCCGCGCCGGCGACAGAGCCUCCCCUCGGCAUCUCGGAUAUGCUGGGAGAGCUGCAGCGGGCAUUGACUCUCACCAUGGGUGAGAUGAUCAAUGCUCGCAUCGCUGGCCUGGAGGACCGCCUUCUUCCGGCGAAGAGGGUCCGUCCGCCACUACAGGCGGACUUAAGGAGGGAGGUGGAACCGGUGGCCGGGCCCUCCAAACCAGCCGCAGCCCAAGCGGCGAAGAAGGCGUUUUCGAAGAAGGACCCCGGUCCCAAGAAGGGCCCUGCUCCAGCGCAGGCCAAGAAGGCCCCGGUGCAGGCCAAAAAGGCUCCGGUGCCGCCCAAAAAAGGAUCGCAGUCGGCCAAGAAGGCUGGUCCUAGUGCCACCACAUCCCCUCCGUCCACCGUGACGGACGAGGCGCGUGGUGAGGCCUGGACGACGGUCACCCGAAAGGGUAAGAAGAAGAAGAAGCCGUCGUCCGGUGCCAAGCAGGCUCAGCCGGAUCCCUCCGCCGGUAGCAAUCCACAAUCUUCCCUGAACCUUUACAAAACCUUAACCGAGUACUACUACACUCGUAUUAAAGGCUUCGGCUCAGUUAACAUCAGGCAACCAAGCAACAGAGUCUCGGUGUUGAGAAUAGGGUCUGACCUGGUAGAUGCAGGAAACCAGCCUUGGUCCGACUCCAGCAAAGACUUGACAAGCCAUAUUCAACCCUCCACUUGGAGUUGUCAACCAGCGACCCAGACCACGCGAAAACCAAGUUCAAACACACAAGGGACAAAAGACAAAAUACUUUAUUUAUUAUUAACAAAACAAAAAAGUUACGAAAGGGAUUCGUAUCAUUACAAAGCGAGAAACUCGGGAAAUGUAGAUGAGGUGAAGAUUAAAAUAAAUGGAAGCCACAUGGAGUCGCGGGCGCAGAUGAACCAGUCGCUGCUGAACAAAAACCGUCUUGAGGCUAACUACAGGUCAAGCUGUUCGCAAUCAUUGCCGCUUGAUAUUCUAUGGUUACCGCGGUCAUCGUUCCGGCCGGCGGAGGGCGAACUGGCAGACUGCGUGCUUGUGGUAGGAGUGUCGCGGCCGAAGUUAGCCGCGGCCCUCCUGUCCGUAACUCUUUUAUCACUGUUCCUAACCUUCCACGUGCUCUAUGACAGUGCCCUUUAUAGCAUACAAGCGGCUAGUAUGGCGUCAGCUGCCAGCGAGGGCCGCAAGAUAUUACAAAAUCAAGAGAGCAGUCGCACAAUAAACCACCCUAUGGCUCUAAGGAAAAGGUUAAAAACACCUCGCGCCCCACGGCCAGCCCGUCGUCUCCCCCAGGCUCUUAUUAUAGGAGUUAGAAAAUGCGGAACGCGUGCUCUUCUUGAGAUGCUCUAUUUACAUCCUAUGGUACAAAAGGCCUCCGGCGAAGUUCAUUUUUUUGAUCGCGAUGAAAAUUAUGCUCUCGGUUUAGAAUGGUACAAGAGUAAAAUGCCUCUUUCAUUUAAGGGACAAAUAACUAUAGAAAAAAGUCCCAGCUACUUCGUUACUCCCGAGGUACCAGAGCGAGUUCGUGCUAUGAAUUCAUCAGUGAGGUUACUUCUUAUUGUGCGAGAACCAGUCACUCGUGCAAUAUCGGACUAUACCCAGCUUCGUAGUCGUGCCACCCCUUCAGCUCCUACUGUUUCUUUGGUUGGACAUCCUUUGCCUGAUACUGUUAAGCCUUUUGAGCACCUUGCUUUGGCACCAGAUGGUUCAAUCAAUGUUGCGUAUAGGCCAAUAGCUAUAUCACUGUAUCAUGCAUACUUUCAUCGCUGGUUGGAAGUGUUUCCUAGAGAACAGAUUCUUGUUGUAAACGGAGAUCAGCUGAUUGAAGAUCCAGUACCACAGUUGCGACGCAUCGAGAAAUUUCUUGGCCUUGAACAUAAAAUAGGAAGAAGAAACUUCUACUUCAACGAAACUAAAGGAUUCUACUGUUUGCGUAACGAUACCACGGAUAAGUGUUUGCGAGAGACAAAAGGUCGCAAGCAUCCCCGCGUAGACCCAGCGGUUGUCACGAAGUUACGUAAGUUUUUUGUUCAACAUAAUCAACGUUUCUACGACCUGAUCGGCGAAGACCUCGGUUGGCCCGAGGAUUGA